UAAAGUUAGAUACAAAAUUAUUAAUUUGAUUUGAGAAAAAUAAAGAAGAGAAAGCUGAAGAAGGUUUUAUCUAUGGAGGACAAGAAGAGUAGAAGUUCAAUGGUAGUUUGUGUUACUGGUGGUUCAGGAUACAUAGCUUCAUAUCUGGUGAAAAAACUUCUUGAAAGAGGCUACAAAGUUCAUGCUACCUUGAGGAACUUAGAGGAUAAAUCAAAGGUAGACUUGUUGAAGAACUUGCCUAAUGCAGAAGAAAAUUUGAAGUUAUUUCAAGCUGAUAUGUAUAGACCAGAAGAAUUUGAGCAAGCAAUCACAGGCUGUGAGUUUGUUUUCCAUGUGGCCACUCCUUGUAUACAUUCUGAGGGAUUUCAGGACAAGAAUCAGGUAGAAGCAGCAGUUGCAUCAGUGAAGAAUAUCGUAAUGUCUUGUAUAAAGUCUGGUACUGUGAAGAGGCUUAUAUAUACAGGCACUGUGCUUGCUGCUUCACCAAUGAAGGAUGAUGGUAAUGGCUUCAAAGAUUUGAUGGAUGAAACAUGUUGGACUCCUCUCAAUGUCCACUUUCCUUUUAGCGACGAUUUUGUUAUGACUUAUGUGGAAGCAAAGACAGCAUGUGACAGAGAAAUCUUGAACUUUGGCAAAGAUGGAUUUGAGGUUGUGAGCUUAGGUUUUGGUCUUGUUGGAGGAACAACACUCUUGUCAAAUAUCUCAAGAAGCAUGGCUAAUAUGUUGUCAGUGGUAACUGGUGAUGAAAUUUAUUACAAUCAACUCAAGUUCAUAGAAGAGGUUGAUGGAAAAGUUCCAAUUAUACACAUUGAAGAUGUUUGUGAAGCUCACAUUUUCUCAAUGGAAAAUAGUGAUUCUAUGAAUGGUAGACUCUUGUGUGCUAGUGCAUUUGUUUCUUCUGCAGAAAUUGCAAGUUAUUAUCAACAAAACUAUCCAGAGUUUCAUAUCAACCAAAAGUACUUGGAUGAUCCAAAGAGAGAAGUGAAAUGGGGAUCAAAUAAGCUUAUGGAGAAGGGUUUUGUGUACAAAUAUGAAAUGAAGAAAAUAUUGGAUGAUAAUAUUAGAAGUGCAAGGGAACUUGGAGUUUUUAACUUACCAUCAUCUGCUUAAUGGGAACUUUUAAUUUUCAUAUAUGAAAAAUAUUUACUCGUAUAGAGUGUUUGUAACAAAUCAUAUGAAUUUAUCGUAAGUAAUAAAAUAAGGUGAUAAUAUUUGCUAACACGCAUGUCGUGUAUUUAUUGUUUUGAUGUAUA